AUGGAAAAAAAGAAUUCUGUUCUUAUAAUGUUAUCAAUUCUGUCAUUAUCUAUUAGUGCAUUUCUAUUAUGCUACUAUAACUCCAAAGAAGGUUUUGUUACAAUAAAUAACGAUUAUGCCAUUUCACUAGAUCUUAAUAAAGCAUCUGAAGUGUUGCACAAAAAAGGAGGCAGUUUACAAAAAGAUGAAUAUUUUAAUAUUCUAGUUGCUAUAUGCACAUUUUCUAAUUUAAGAACUAAAGAUUUAGAAUUAAGUACUACCAAGGGAGAUAAGAAUGCUAUGGAUAACUUUUUUAAAUCUAUUAGUACUUUUAUGUGUUCUUCUAAAGAUGGAGUGACUAGGUGUUUAGAUAGUGUUGAUGACAUUAGAAAGUACGUUAAAGAAUUUCUUUUAAUGUUUGUUUCUAGCAGUGGACAGUUAUCAUUUGAUAAUAAUUUUACUGAAUAUUUAGAUGUGUAUGAUAAAUACAUGAAUAAAGCAUAUAAAUUUAUAGAUCAGAAAUAUGUGGAUUGUAUAACUAAAAAUACUAUUAAGAUAAAAGUAAAUAAUAAAAUAGAAGAGUAUAAAGUGGCGAAUGUUGUGUGGGGUACAUAUUUAUGCUUUUUUGGUAAGAAUGCUAAUUUAGAAGUAAAAAAAUAA